AUGAGAUCAAGAUUCCAGUCUCCAGUUGAAGAUAGAAAUAACCAUUUGGAAGUUAUUAACGUGUGCCUGAUUUUUGUGUUUUGCUGGUUGUUGCAGGUCUGUGUCUCGACCACAAACAGGAACUUCCCUGGUCGCAUGGGCCACAAAGAAGGCCAGAUUUAUCUGGCCUCUCCAUACACAGCUGCAGCAUCAGCUUUGACUGGUUUCGUCACUGAUCCUAGAGAGUUUUUGCAGUAAGGCCAUUGAUCUUCAUGUGCCGUGACUACUCAGUACCGUUGUGUAAACACCAACUGCUCGGACUCGAAUUGUGGCAUUGGAGCUAGUAUCAGGUACUAGACCAAGAGAUGACGGGGGUUCUUCCUAGAGCUAUAUUGAACAUUUGUGCUCAAUUGGAUUACGAAAUAUUAUAUUUCAUGUUAACGCUCGAAAAAAAUUUUAAUUUGUGACUUGUGUUUUGUUACUUUGGUGUGUUUUCAAAACCGACGGGAUGUAAUAGUGUCGAUUAUGGACUAUUUUUGGGAUGAAUGUAUAAUUUGGAUACUUAGACUUUGAUA